CACUCACUCUCUCAACAUUCGGGUGUAGUGCUAAAGUGUAUAAAUAUUUGUUAAGUCUACUCUAUGUACCUCGAUUUCGGUUAAACAAAAUGCCUCGUCGAGUAGUCGAACUGAACGGAUUUGAGCCAGCCAAAAAGCCAUGCCCGCGCAAGUCAAAAUUGGAUCCCAAGGGCAAGUGCGGCGCUGCCGUCAAGCAAUCAAGCAUCAAGCCGAGGGAGCAACCUGUUGAGCCGAAGAGCCCACUGCAGUUCCUCCAGAAGAAGUCCGAUGCCGAGCUCGUCUUGCACUGGGCUCGUUCUGAAGGACGCACCUGUUCCCCCAUUAAAUUGUUGCCUCCCUGGUAGAAGCAGUGAUAGUAGUGUGCAGCGCACCAAAUUUACGAUUGUUCAGACGCCCUCUGAAUUCAGUCACAUCAAUAAAAGUGGAUGUUGAGUGGACAAAUCUUACAAAGUAA